UUCUGAAACCGCUCUACUUCCAGCCUCUUGGGUCCUUUCCGCUGGUCUUUCUUAUUCCAUCGCCACUUUCCCGCAGACAGCGAGGCGGAGCGGUGAAGCAUUUGAAAAUGAGCGGAUGUCGAGUGUUUAUCGGUCGGCUGAGCCCCCACGCCAGAGAGAGGGACGUAGAGAAGUUUUUCAAAGGAUUUGGCCACAUUCGGGAGGUCAAUCUAAAAAACGGCUUUGGCUUUGUGGAGUUUGAUGACCACAGAGAUGCUGAUGAUGCAGUCUAUGAACUGAAUGGGAAAGAACUGUGCAAUGAAAGGGUCACAAUCGAGCAUGCCCGCUCUCCCAGAGGGAGAGGAGGUGGAGGAGCUGGAGGAGGAGGAGGUGGAAGGUUUUCUCCGCGGUUUAGCAGCUAUCGUCAGACUCGUGGCUCAAUGUAUGGUCCUCCUGUGCGCACAGAGCACAGAAUCAUUGUUGAGAACCUCUCUUCCCGGAUAAGUUGGCAGGAUCUGAAGGAUAUGAUGAGGAAGGUUGGUGAAGUCACAUUUGUGGAUGCACACAGAUCCAACAAGAAUGAAGGAGUGGUGGAAUUUGCUUCACGCAGCGAUAUGAAGAACGCCCUUGAUAAACUAGAUGGGACUGAACUUAAUGGACGCAAACUCAAACUGACUGAAGAUCGCAAGAGGAAGAGCAGAAGCCGCUCCCGCUCCAGGAGUUACACCAGGUCUCGCAGUCGUUCCCGAUCCAGGAGCCGUUCCAAAUCCCCGAGCAGGAGCCGAAGCAGGAAUCGCAGCCGUACCAGGUCCCGCUCAGUCAGCCACAGCCCAGAGAGGAAACCCCUUCCCCGAGCUGCCCCGCACUCCCCCUCUCGCUCCAAGUCUCGAUCCCACUCUCGCUCCAAGUCUCGAUCCCGAUCCCCUCCAGUACAGAAGAGGCAGUCUAGAUCCAGGUCCCAAUCGACUGAGAGCAGGCACUGAGAGCAGUCUCCCUGCCUGCACCUGCUGUAUCUGUAGAUGUGGCUACGGGUCUCAUAUCUGGUUAGAAUUGCAGACCGGCUUGUUAAAGCAGCUGCUGAUGUGAUUUAUUGUCGGUUGCGUAACAGAAAAGCUGAAGGAGAUGCUUUUUUACAUUUUGAUUUGAAAGCUGCAAUGUUUGGAUCUCCUCAACACCUACACUCAGCAGCGUGUAUGGGAUUGCAACAGCUAAUGUUUCAUUGUCCUGUAAAUUGGCUUUGUAUGUGGAUGACUGCAAUGGCAAGUGAUGUCCCUAGGCGGACUGGUUUGUUUUUUCCUUAUUCUAUAACUUGUUAUACCAUUAAGUGGGUUAUUGGUGUUUUAAUUAGCUGUCAAUUUUUUUUUCUCCAGGUUGUGUUUUUGGGUUCUUAGCUACCAAAAAUGAGACAUGACGUGUAGAACAUUUUGCUGUGGCCUUGUAAUUUUGUGCUGAUUAAAUUUUUAUGGACCAA